UUUAAAUUCGGAGCCCAAAUCGCUUCCUUGUUCGAAACCCUCUUUCGUUUCGCUUUUUUGUUUGGCAAGUAUCUUUCGUCUCACUUGUCUUCCUCUCUAAUAAACCUGAUGGUCCAGAUAGAGCUCGUGUAGCUUCCGAACCGAACAAAACAUGGCCCAGAAGCUUCAACACCAGCUGAAGGAGGUCGGAUCGAAGCUCGAGACCCCUCCGACAAAUAAAGACGCUCUCGUCAAGCUCUUGAAGCAAGCUGCAACAUGCCUUUCUGAGUUGGAUCAAUCACCGCCAAAGUCGAUUUUGGAAUGCAUGCAGCCAUUUCUAGAUGCAAUUGUCAAGCCAGAGUUGCUAAAACAUCAAGAUAGGGAAGUAAAACUUCUUGUUGCAACCUGUCUCUGUGACAUAACCCGGAUUACUGCACCUGAAGCACCUUACAGUGACAAUGUGUUAAAGGACAUCUUUCAUUUGAUUGUAAGCACUUUUAGUGGGUUAAGUGAUACCAGUGGUCCUUCUUUUGGAAGGAGAGUUGUCAUCUUGGAGACUCUGGCAAGAUAUAGGUCGUGUGUUGUGAUGUUGGAUCUUGAAUGCUAUGAUCUUAUCAAUGAAAUGUUCAGUAUAUUUUUUGCUGUUGCCAGUGAUGAUCAUUCAGACAGUGUCAUUACAUCGAUGCAAACAAUCAUGGUUGUUCUAGUAGAAGAGAGUGAGGAGGUCCAGGAGGAUCUUCUACUUGGUUUGCUGUCUGCUUUAGGCCGUAAUAAAAAUGAUUUCUCAAUGGCUGCAAGGAGGCUUGCUAUGAAUGUUAUAGAGCAUUGUGCUGGAAAACUUGAACCUGGCAUAAAGCAGUUCCUUAUAUCAUCAAUGUCUGGAGAUAGAUCUUUGAAUAGUCAAAUUGACUACCAUGAAGUCAUUUAUGAUAUCUAUCGUUGUGCUCCUCAGAUCUUAUUAGGAGUUGUCCCAUACCUAACAGGAGAGCUAUUGACAGAUCAAUUAGACAUCCGAUUAAAAGCAGUAAAGUUAGUAGGUGACCUUUUUGCUCUGCCGGGUUCUGCUAUCUCUGAAACAUUUCAGCCAAUUUUUUUGGAGUUUUUGAAGAGGUUGACCGAUAGAGUAGUUGAGGUUCGAAUGUCUGUCCUGGAACAUGUCAAGAAUUACCUUUUGUCGAAUCCUUUCAGGGCUGAAGCUCCUCAGAUCAUCUCUGCCCUUUGUGAUCGGCUGUUGGACUACGACGAAAAUGUCCGUAAACAAGUUGUUGCUGUAGUUUGCGAUGUGGCAUGCCAUGCCUUGACAUCGGUUCCAGUUGAGACUGUAAAGCUUGUAGCAGAGCGCCUCCGAGACAAAUCUCUACUUGUUAAAAUAAAUACAAUGGAGAGGCUGGCUGAGAUAUACAGACUUUAUUGCUUGAGCUGCUCUGAUAGCUCAACUAAAACUGAUGACUAUGAUUGGAUUCCUGGGAAGAUAUUGAGAUGCUUUUAUGACAAAGAUUUCAGAUCAGAUAUGAUCGAACCCAUUCUAUGUGGGACCCUGUUCCCAACCGAAUUUACAGUCAAAGAUAAGGUUGGAAAUUGGGUAAGAGUCUUUUCAGGAUUUGACAAAGUUGAGGUUAAGGCUCUUGAGAAGAUACUGGAGCAGAAGCAAAGGUUACAACAAGAGAUGCAUAGGUAUCUUUCUCUUAGGCAGAUGUAUCAGGAUGGUGAUGCUCCGGAGUUGCAAAAAAAAGUUCUAUUUUGCUUCAGAAUGAUGUCUCGCUGUUUUAUUGAUCCUGCAAAGGCUGAAGAGAAUUUUCAUAUUCUUGAUCAAUUAAAAGAUGCUAAUGUCUGGAAGAUCUUGAAAAGUCUACUUGAUCAAAACACGAGCACUCUUCAAGCUUGUAGUUAUCGGGAUGAUUUGCUUAAGAUCCUUGGUGAGAGACAUCGACUUUAUGAAUUCCUGAGCACACUGUCUAUGAAAUGCUCAUAUAUACUUUUCAACAAGGAGCAUGUGAAAGAAAUCCUUAUGGAAGCUGACACACAAAAAUCAGCUGGAAGUACAAAACUUACUCUGUCUUGCAUGAAUAUACUAGUGAUUCUUGCACGCUUCAGCCCAUUGCUGCUUAGUGGGAUUGAAGAAGAUUUAAUUCAUCUUCUUGAAGAUGAUAAUGAAGUAAUAAAAGAAGGUGUUUUGCAUGUUCUAGCAAGGGCUGGUGGAACUAUUCGAGAACAACUGGGAGUUUCCUCAAGUUCAUUAGACCUUGUACUGGAAAGGAUAUGCUUAGAGGGUACUCGAAGACAGGCCAAGUAUGCGGUACAUGCUCUAGCAGCAAUUACGAAGGAUGAUGGGCUUAUGUCGCUCUCUGUUUUAUACAAGAGGCUUGUGGAUAUGCUUGAGGAAAAGACACAUUUGCCGGCUGUACUACAAUCAUUGGGGUGUAUAGCACAGACUGCAAUGUCAGUUUUUGAAACAAGAGAGAGCGAAAUUGAAGGAUUCAUUAAAAGAAAUUUAUUGGAGUGCAGUAAUAAAGAAGAUAAUAAAUCAAAAGAGUGUUGGGAUGACAGAAGCGAACUCUGUUCAUUAAAGAUAUUUGGCAUUAAAACAUUGGUCAAGAGCUACUUGCCAGUCAAAGAUGCUCAGCUUCGUCUUGGGAUUGAUGGCCUGUUGGGACUCCUCAAAAACAUUCUUUCUUUUGGAGAAAUUUCGGAAGAUAUUGGAUCAAGUUCAAUUGAUAAGGCCCAUUUGAAGCUUGCAGCAGCCAAGGCAAUUCUUCGCCUAUCAAAGCUCUGGGAUCACGAGAUACCCAUUGAUGUCUUUUACUUAACCUUGAGAACUUCGGAGAUCAGUUUCCCUCAAGCUAAGAGGCUAUUUCUCAACAAAGUUCAUCAAUAUGCAAAGGACCGGCUUUUGGACCCAAAAUAUGCUUGUGCCUUCUUACUUGACAUGAUUGAAUCGCAACAGCCAAAUUUCGAAGAGGACAAGCAUAAUUUAAUUGACAUUGUUCAGAUGUGUCAGCUAGGGAAGGUACGACAACCUUCCUUUCAAAGCGAUACAAAUUCCCCAAUGAUUUAUCCAGAGUACAUUCUCCCACACUUGGUCCAUGCUCUUGCUCAUCAUUCUGCGUGUCCAAAUGUUGAUGAAUGCAAGGAUGUCAAAGCAUUCGAAUUGAUAUACAGGGGGUUGUACUUAUUUCUUUCCAUUCUUGUUCAUGGAGAUGAAGAGGGCAAGUCGGAAGUUAGUGUUAACAAGGAAAAGGAGAGUAUUUCUUUAGUAAUAUCUAUCUUUCGAAAUAUCAAGUGUUCAGAAGAUAUCGUUGAGCCAUCAAAGUCAAAGAACUCACAUGCAAUAUGUGACCUUGGCCUGUCAAUUACCAAGCGCUUGGUUCAGAAACCAGAUGAUCUUCAGGGAUCAACUGCAUCAGUGUCCCUUCCUCCAAUGCUUUACAAGUUGCAUGAGAAAAAAGAUGGGGAUGAGCCACAAGCCAGCGAAGGGCAAACGUGGUUGGCUGAUGAGAGUGUCUUGACCCACUUCAAAUCACUUAAAUUAGAAGCUAAUGGAAUGGUUCAUUCAGAAAAUGCUGAGGAUGAGGCUCUGAAAGACAGUGAAAUAGAAAUAGAAAUAGAUGGUAAUGAAGUUCCUUUGGGGAAAAUGAUAAAACGUUUAAAAGCGAAGGGAGCCAAGGCAAGAAAAGUGGUGAAGAACGAGAAUUUACCAGCUGAAAAGAAAAACGAAAAUGAUGUUGAUAUCUUGGGUAUGGUUAGGGAGAUAAAUUUGGAUAACCUAGACAUGUCUUGUAAGUUUGAAUCUAGCAAUGGCCAUGAAUAUGUUCCUGGAAAAACUAAAAUUGAUCAAAAGCAUGGAAAAAGGAAAAGACAAAUAGUGAGCGAGUCGACAAAUGUUUCAAUACCCAAGCGCCGGAGGUCAUCAUCUGCUAAAUUACCUAAAUUUGAAUCCACUGAAGCUGAUGAGGGUCUUCCCAUUCAUUCAGAAGAUAUAAUGUCGUUGCAAGAAAAUAUUGUUGAGCCUGCUGAGUCAGACUUGCUGGUAUCGUGCUUUCAAAAGAAUUCAGGCUUUUUAUUGAAACAUAAAGCCGGUAAUUCUGAUAAUGGUGAUAACGAGGGUCAUGAAACUGGAGUACCUGAUGCCCGUCACUUGAAGAAGACAUAUAAGCUUAUGGAGACUAAUAUUGUAAAAGCAAAUAAUUCCAAUUUACCCACGGGAUCUGUUAAGAAGCGGAAAAGAAGAAGCGUUGCAGGAUUGGCUAAGUGCACAACAAAGGAACGUGGAGAUCAUACCAUGGAUUUGAUUGGUUGCAGAAUAAAAGUUUGGUGGCCAAUGGAUAAGAAGUUCUAUGAAGGAGUUGUAAAGUCCUUUGAUCCUCAAAAAAACAAACAUCUGGUAUUAUACAAUGAUGGGGAUGUGGAGGUGCUUCAUCUAGAGAAGGAGCGCUGGGAGCUCAUUGACAAUGGUCGCAAGUCUAUAAAGCGGUUAAAACCAUCAAAGGGUCUACCACCUAAAGGAUUCUCACUGGAGCAGAAAAAGAAGGUUUUGAGUGGUUUGCAGCAAAAUAAAAAAUCGACUAAGAUAUCCUCAUCGCCUAAAGUGAGAGGGAAAAGAACUCCGAGGAAAACUUCAAAGCAGGGGCAGAAGGUGGUAUCAAAAAGUAAAACUCUCACAGACUUGUGUGAAGCUGAGAGCAGAGGGAGCCAUGACGAAUCAGACCCUGAACCCCCUGCACUGUCUAAAGUUGAUGAUAUGGACUCUGGUGAUUCAGAAGGAGAGCAACUUGAACGAAAGGAGGAGAGUUCAACAGGCGGGGAGGAGUCAGACAAGGAUGAGAAAUCUGUUUACGAAGAGAAACAAGUGGGGGAUGCUGAUAAUAGCCCAAGUGACAAAGAAGAAUCUGAGGAGGAAAACUGUAAACCUGAACGGAAACGGACCAAGUAUGCAACGGUCACCUUUCAUGAUGCUGAGGCUUCUGAUGAACAAGGGAGAUCUCAUUCAGAAGAGAAACAACAAUCAGAUGUAUCAAAGGAAGCCUCUGAAGAGGGGGCUGAUAAAGAAGAGCAAUCAGAUUCUCAAAUGAAUCAAGAAGACGACGAUGCUGAGAAUACUCACUCAGACCGAGAUGAAUCUGACAAGAAUACUUCAGCUUCUUCUGAUAUGGGGGAGGCAGAAAUUUCUGAUGAUGAGCCUCUUAGCACGUGGAAGCGUCAUGUGGGAAAAUCAGUCCAAGGCAAAUAGGAUAUCAAUGAGGUCAUGACACCACUUGGAUAAUAAUAACGAAGCCACAGAGAAAUGGUGAUAUGACUGCCUUAUGUGAAGUUGGUAUGGUAGUCCUUGUCAGCUGACAGUGAAGAUGAUACAUGCCAUUUAACUAUGUUACAGUAAUAAAUCACAAUGUGCAGUGCAUUUCCCUGCAAUGUUUUAGAAAGGAUGACAAUAUAGGCAGUCUCAUGUUUGGGCAAAAAAGCUUGUGCAGUCCUGUACGUAACCCAGUCUUUCCUACACUGGUGGAUGGUUAAGUUAUAAGGUCCAUGGGGGUAUGCACCAAUGGUUGUCAUGGUUGAUUAAAUUGUUUAGACCUCAUGUACAGCUAUAAUUAGCAUACACUGUAGCUUGACCUGGGGAGUUGUUUUAGGUUAGUAGCUUCAUGUGUAAAUCCUUAAGCUAUCAAAGAGAUAGAUUGCUUUUACUUUCA